AUGGCCAUGAAAAUAAAUUGGAACCAAAGGCCUUCGAAAAGGCUCCCUGUCACAGAGCUAUCGUGGAUCAGGAUAAAAUGCAAAAUAGAUUCUGAAAUGGCUAAUGACAAUGUUACGGUGGUUGUUGCUGCACCAACCCGAACUGUUGUACCACCAGCAGAGAAACCGGGAAAAUUCUCUGGUGUGAAUUUCAAAGGAUUGCAACAAUGGGUAUUUUUCUGGAUUACCACUCUUGGUCUACAGAAAUUUACCAAUGUAGUAACUCCAGUUCCUGCUGCGCAAAUGCCAGACAGAGAAAAGUUCAUGAUUAUUGAAGCAUGGAAACAGGAACUUCAACUUAUUUUCCAUGAUCUGAUUGCUGAAGAUAUGGUAGUAAAUGAAGUGUUUCAAGUGGCUGCAAUGAUCGAGAAGUUACCUCCUCCGUGGAACGACUUUAAGAAUUAUUUAAAGCACAAACUUAAGGAAAUGAAUCUUAUAGAUCUUGUGAUUCGGCUCAAGAUUGAGAAAGAUAACAAAAGCGCCAAAAAGAAGUAUGGUAAGAGUUCAACAGUAAUUGGAGUUAAUAUUGUUGAAAAAGCUCCUACCAAAGACAAGAAGAGAAGGAAGUCCAACGGACAAAAGUCAGAACAGGCCAAGAAAAAUUUCAAGGGCAACUGUUACAAUUAUGGUAAGGCUGUUCAUAAGUAUUCUAACUAUCGUGCUCCAAGAAAGGACAAAGACAAAGGCAAAGGCAAAAGCCAAGCAAACAUUGUGGAAGAGAUGGAAGAUGCAAAUGACCUUUGUUCAAAGAUCUCGGAGAGCAACUUAGUUGGAAAUCCCAAGUAG